AUGGACAACCCAGAGGACUGGACUUUUUUGAACAAAGGAAAAGCAAAUGCUAUCUUUAAAUACAUUGGAAAUGAUAUGAAUUACAAAGGGAAGGUUAUUCGUUUGAGAUUGGCUGACCAGCUUGUUCUCUCGAAGGAAAUUUUUGAGUUCGUGAAUUCUUUCCGCCCUCAACUCCAUCAACUCAUUGCAAUGGAGUUGAUUCCAGUCUCUAGUAGAUUUUUGACGACAUUGGAACAAGAAAGUGGUAUAGCCAUUAAGAAGGAUACUCAUGGAAUUAUUAUGCCUUUGAUCGGGCUACCAGAGCAAAGAAAAAGAGUCUCUAAACACAUCUCCCUAUAUACAGAUCCCGUUCAAAACCAUUUAACUGUGGAAAUUAAACCCAAAUGGUUGUAUUCAAUACCGCAGCAUACAAGCUUAUGCAGAAACUGUGCCUUGAAUUUUUAUAGAGACGAAGAGUUGUUCUGCACCUUAGACCUGCUGAGUCCCAAUCUCAUUACGAAUUGGGUUGAUAAAUUGGGCUUGAAUGAACAGCAUUCGGAAUCCUUGACACAAUUUCUAUCGAAUAGUGAUCUUUUCCAUAUUCUCUAUGAUUUGCAGCAUUUUGAGGAUAUUCACGAGACGAUAGGUACGCUUACCAACGAAAACGAAGUGCCUGAAGAGCUGAUUCGUUCAAUGGCAUUGAAGGACAUAACCAUUUACAUCUCUUUUGCAAACGAUGACACAAAGGUCACCAUAAUUGAUCUUGACAAAAAGCAUCCAUCUAAAUAUCGCCAUUGGAAGAAACAGGAAGAGUCGCUUUGGAAUCUUUAUUCGCAGAACUCUAUUGUUGAGAAGCAAUGUUAUCGACACCUUCCAAGGUGA